UCUCUGACCAAGAGCUUCUCUUCAAUCGUUAUCGCCAUCAUCAUCACUGCUCUUUAUUCCAUUGUCUGUGUACUGGGGCUGGUCGGCAAUGUCCUGGUCAUGUAUGUCAUUGUCAGAUACACCAAAAUGAAAACAGCCACCAAUAUCUACAUUUUCAACCUUGCUCUGGCCGACGCCUUGGCCACCAGCACACUGCCUUUCCAAAGUGUCAACUACUUGAUGGGGACCUGGCCCUUUGGGAAGCUGCUGUGCAAGGUCAUCAUGUCCAUCGACUACUACAACAUGUUCACCAGUAUAUUCACCCUCACCACCAUGAGCAUGGACCGAUACAUCGCAGUUUGCCAUCCGGUCAAGGCUCUGGAUUUCCGCACGCCACGGAAUGCCAAGAUUGUCAAUGUCUGCAUCUGGAUCCUGUCCUCAGCCAUUGGACUGCCCGUCAUGAUAAUGGCAACUACAAGGUUCGACAAUGGAAUAACAGAUUGCACAUUGAAAUUCCCGCACCCUUCCUGGUACUGGGACAACCUCCUGAGAAUCUGCGUCUUCAUCUUUGCCUUUGUCAUGCCGGUCCUGAUUAUCACGGUGUGCUAUGGCUUGAUGAUCCUCCGUCUGAAGAGUGUCCGGAUGCUCUCUGGCUCAAAGGAGAAGGACAGGAACCUCCGGCGCAUCACCAGGAUGGUCCUUGUGGUAGUGGCCGUCUUCAUCAUCUGCUGGACACCCAUCCACAUCUAUGUCAUCCUCAGGGCCCUGGUAAAGAUCCCAUCCACCCUCUUCGCAGCAGUGGCCUGGCACUUCUGCAUUGCCCUGGGGUACACCAACAGUUGCCUCAACCCCGUCCUGUACGCCUUCCUGGAUGAGAACUUCAAGCGGUGUUUCCGGGAGUUCUGCGUGCCCGCUUCCUCAACCAUUCAGUAUCAGGGCUCCAACCGGGUUAGAAACCACACCCGGGAGCACCCAUCCACAAUCCACACAGCCGAUAGGACUAAUCACCAGGUAUGA